AUGGCCAAUCUCCUGCAGCCUCAGUUUCCUCCAGCGCAGGAGCCGGGCUCCACCUCACCCCUGGACCUGCCUGAGAUGGAGAAGCUCCUCACCAAGGUAGAGGACAAGGAUGACAAGACCCGGAAUCUGUCCGAGUCCCUCUCGGGGGCUCUGGAUCUGGAGCAGAAUGGCCACAGUGUGCCCUUCAAGGCUAUCUCUGAGAAGCACCUGGAGGCCUCACUGCCCCGGUCCCCCUCGCGGGCCAGCUCGAGGCGGGCGUCCUCCAUCGCCACCACCUCCUGCGCCCAGGACCAGGAAGUCCCCAAAGAUUACCUCAUCCUUGCCAUCGCCUCUUGCUUCUGCCCCAUCUGGCCCCUCAACCUCAUCCCCCUCAUUUUUUCUAUCAUGUCUCGAAGCAGCGUGCAGCAGGGGGACCUCGAUGGGGCCCGGAGGCUGGGCCGCCUGGCCCGGCUGCUCAGCAUCACCUUCAUCAUCAUGGGGAUUGUCAUCAUCAUCGUGGCUGUGACCGUCAACUUCGCAGGAAAGUGA